AAAAUAGGAACAACACUUUCAUGCUCCCUUAUUAGAAGAUAUAAUAAUGCACCACAUUCAUUGCUCUUCAACAUACACCCUUCCCCAUUUUAUUGGCCUUUAAUCUCACUGUGUGAAGCAAUGGAGAAACUAAUUACAAGUUGGUCAAAUUUUCAAUCUGUACCUGAGGAUUAUAUAUUUCCACCAGAAUCAAGACCAGGGAAUAUCAAAAUUCCAUUUAGCAGUAGCAUUCCAGUGAUUGAUCUUAGUGAUUUAAACAAGGGUGAUAGAACUAGUACAAUUCACAAAAUUAUCAAAGCUGCUCAAGAAUUUGGAUUCUUUCAGGUAAUCAAUCAUGGGGUUUCAGUGAAUAAAAUGAAAGAAACAAUGAAUAUAUUUAAGGAGGUUUUUAAGAUGCCUGAUGAAUACAAACAAAAGUUGUGUACAGAUGAGCCUACAAAGCCAUGUAAGAUGUUUACUAGUAGUAUCAACUAUGCAACUGAAAAGGUUCAUCUAUGGAGAGAUAAUCUUAGACACCCAGGUUACCCUUUGGAGCAGUGGCAACACUUGUGGCCAGAAAAUCCAACUAGAUACAGAGAGUGUGUGGGUGAUUUGUCAGUUGAAGUGAAGGAAUUGGGUUCAAGGAUAAUGAAUUUGAUGAGUGAAGGACUUGGUCUGAAGUAUGGAUAUUUUGACAAUGAUCUUACAGAAUCAAUGCUUAUGACAGUUAAUCAUUAUCCAGUAUGUCCUGAACCAAGUUUGACACUAGGAAUUACCAAACACUCAGAUCCUAACCUCAUCACAAUUUUACUUCAAGAUGAUGUAAGUGGCCUUCAAGUAUUCAAGGACGGACAAUGGAUUUCUGUUCAGGCUCUUCCUCAUGCUUUUGUCAUCAACGUAGGUUACCAGUUGCAGAUAAUCAGUAAUGGUAAGCUAAAAAGUGCAGAACAUAGGGCUGUGACAAAUUCAGAUAAUGCUCGCACCACUGCUGCAUUUUUCUUAGCUCCUUCAGAUGAUUGCAAAGUAGAGCCAGCACAAGGUGUCACUGAUGAACACAAUCCACCAAUUUUUAAGUCUUUCAAAUAUAAGGAGUUCCUCGACCAUUACUUUGACAAAUAUGCUGACACAGAUGUGGUGCUUAAAUCAUUUGUGGCACCAUAAAACCAAUCAACGGAAAUAUAUUGUAAUUUAUGUCGAUGUUGUAAUGCUGGGACACCUUAAGGAUUUUUACUUAUAAUUAAGGCUUUACUUACACGAAGAAAGUUUGCUUGUGAAAAAAUAAAUGAAGUUGCCCAGUUUGAUACUAUAAA